AUGGCUAUACGCCGACGGCCUUUCUACGCCGACGGCUUUAGUUGGGCCAUCGGGGUAUGCCCAUAUAUGCCGACGGGGGCCGUCGGCAUAGAUACGGCCGUCAGCAAAACAAGUUUUUCUGAUUAUAUCACCCAGCUGAGGCAAAAACUUCUUGAUGAUUUCGUAAAAACAUUCCUGCCGAAACUUCUCGAUGAUUUCGAAAAAACAUUCCUGCAGCGUACCAACUCAAGUGAUCCAACAGCUUGCUUGGAAGAAUGUAGAAUGACAUGCGUCGCUGCCCUUGUUUUGAAGGCCGUUCCCCAGCAUGUGAACGAACAUUAUGAGUGGAGACUUACGUCAGGAAAACUGCCUAUCUUCAAGGAGCUGGAAAAUGAAGCCCUCACCCCCACAUUCGAGGACCAGAGCAUGACCGAUGGCCGUACUCAUUCUCCACAUGAAAAUUCAGUCCGUACCACAAAUGAUGCAAAGGAAGCGACAAGUAAAGCUCCUCCUGACACGAGGGACUCGUCCAGGAUUUCCCUGCCUCUCGCCGGGGCGGCCGUCGAUCUGCCUGGCUCCUCAUUGUCUUAG